GCUCUCGUGGAGCUUUGCAUCCAAGCUGGUCUCGACCUCCCUGAGUACCCCACAAAGCGCCGAAGAAAGCCAAUUGUUAAGAUCGGAAGGAAAGAGUUUGUCGACGCAAAUGAAGAUGACCUGCCUGACCCAGAGCCUGACAAAUUUAAGGAGCCAAUUCUCGAAGAAGUACCCGACGAUGAGAUUACCCCUCCAUCGAGCCCAGAGGAGACGGCUGCUCUUGCCGAGGAAACACUCGAAGUGUGGGAGACACUCCGGAACGGUGCCUUGAGGCUCAUGAAGAGGUAUUCAGUGAGGGUGUGCGGAUACUGUCCUGAGGUGCACAUUGGAGCGAGUGGUCAUAAAGCGCGCAACUGUGGAGCCUUCAAGCACCAGCAGAGGAAUGGACAGCAUGGGUGGCAGGCGGCGGUGCUCGAUGACCUGAUACCCCCUAGAUACGUCUGGCACAUGCCGGAAUCUGGGGAGUUGCAGAAGGAGCUCAAGAUCUUCUAUGGGCAGGCGCCGGCUGUCGUCGAGAUAUGCAUUCAGGGCGGCGCAAAAGUGCCGGAGAAGUACAAAGCCACAAUGAGGCUAGAUAUAGGGAUUCCCUCCAGUUUGAAAGAGGCUGAAAUGGUCGUCUGAAUGGAAAUGUGGUGUUUACGUUGUGUACGAUUGAGGUCAAGAAAACCGCAAGCUCCAUUCGUGCUGACCAUAGGUUCAUUAUUAUCUUACUCCAUGUAUAUAGCGGGAACUUAGCUUAGUCAGAUAAUCUGGUAAGUUUUGUUUGUUUCAGAUGUGAAUUAACAUUUACCAGAUGUUUCUUUGUCUGAGGAAUGUCAUGGCCAGUGGCCACUACUUACAACGA